AUUACAUUGUUUUAUAAUGUAAAAAUAUAUUAUUAAUUUAAAAUAUUGUAUUUAUUUUUGAGUUUAUUAAAAGUACAAUAGAAUUAUUUCAAUUUUUGAAGAUGGAUACACAGAAAGUUCAACAGAAAAUAAACGAAUACGAAUUAUUUGUAGAAGAGAAGUUAAAAAGUGAUUUGAAAGAUAUUGAAACAAUUCUGGAAGAUAAAUCUUCAAAGUAUAAAGAAUGGGAAGAAGUUCAAAAUGUAGUGAAAGUAAUUCGUAAUUUCAAAGAUAAAAAUAGAGACAUGAAUGUGAAAGUUGAUAUUGGAAAAGGACUUUUAGCUCAAGGAGAAAUUACUGACUUUGAAAGAAGCUAUAUAAAUAUUGGAUUAGGUUAUAUGCUUGAAAUGGACUGUGACGAAGCAGAUAAAUAUUCUACCAUUAGAAUGAAUUUACUAAGAAAGGAAAUAUCUCACUUUAGAAAACUAGCUAUUGAUGUUAAGGUGCAUAUUAAAUUGACUCUUCUAGCAAUUAACGAAUUGCAAGCUACCCUAGUUCCAUCAAAACAAAAAAAAUAAAAUAUUUUUGAAUUUUUUUGUAAGUGAGAAUAUUAAGAACAAAUGUGGAUUUUAGGUACAAAUAAUAGGUUGAACAAGUUAUUAAAUGGUAUUAAACUCUAUAUUUAUUAUUCAGUUUGUUAUAAG